AUGGAGAAAGUGGUACUUACCCUAGUCUACACAGCUCAUCAGUUAAGACACUACUUUCAGAGUCAUCAGAUGGUCGUACGUACAGAUUGUCCAAUGGCCAAAAUUUUGAGGAAGCCAGAAUUGGCUGGUCGGUUGGUAGCAUGGACAAUUGAACUAUCUCAAUUUGACAUUCAUUUUAAGAACCGACGCCCCCUUAAAGCUCAGGUGUUAGCCGACUUCAUCAAUGAAUUCACCGUACAACGACACACUACCUCGAACAUGUGGAAUCUGCACGUCGACGGAUCAUCAAAUCGACUGGGUAGUGGAGCUGGGGUCAUACUCGAAGGGCCGAACGCAUUCGCCAUUGAGCAAUCCAUUCGAUUUGGAUUCAGGGCAUCUAACAACCAAGCAGAGUACGAGACUUUACUUGCCGGUCUUAGACUAGCAAAGGAGAUGGGAGUUAAACGCAUUACCAGUUGGAGUGAUUCAGAAAUUGUGGCCGAACUGGUUAAUGAUACAUAUCAAGUUAGGGACCCGAUUAUGCUUAAAUAUUACCAAGAAUUCAAGAAAAUAAAAGAUGAAUUUGACGAGGUAUGUGUUCGGCACACACCAAGAAACAUGAACGAACAGGCCGACAGGCUUGCUAGGCUCGCUAGCCAAAGGAAACCAGGGCAAUUGCACAGCGCGGUUCAUCAAGAAAUCCUCCAACCCAUCAUCACCAAACAAGAAUGCAUAGAUGUAGAAAUUUCAUCUCAUAAUUGGAUGACCCCACUCAUUCGGUAUAUCAUCGAUGACAGCUUACUAGAGGAUACAACUUCAGCUAAGAAAAUAAAAAUGCCCGCAGCUAAGUACCUUCUUCUCGGCAAGCACUUUUAUAGGAAAGGAAUUUCAACUCCUAUGCUUAAAUGCCUAGACCACGACCAAGCUAACUACGUCAUGAGGGAAAUCCAUGAAGGAAUUUGUGGUACCCAUUCGAGCGGAAGAACUAUGGCAGCAAAAAUACUCAGAGCCGGAUAUUACUGGCCAACACUCACUCAAGAUUGCCAUUUGUUUGUGAAGAAAUGCAUUCCUUGUCAACAAUACGGUCCUCACAUACACCAACAUGCCGAUACCCUUCGCCCUAUUAGCUCUCCUUGGCCUUUUGCCAUAUGGGGAAUGGAUCUUCUCGGCCCUUUCCCUUUAGCAAAAGGGCAAUAUAAUGAGCUUCAAUUUACAGAUCGGCGAUUCAAUGAGUUCUUGGAAAGCCUGCAUAUCAAACACAGAGUUACGUCUGUUGAACACCCUCAGACUAAUGGCCAAGCUGAGGCUGCAAACAAGGUGAUCUUACAUGAAUUAAAAAGGAGAUUGGGUUCGGCAAAAAGAGAAUGGGCAGAGAAACUGCCCAAAAUAUUAUGGGCUUAUCGGUGCACGCCGCAAACCACAACAAAGGAAACUCCUUCUCGGCUUACCUAUGGUACUGAUGCCAUGGUGCCAGUAGAGAUUGGAGAACCUUCAUUUCGGAGGAAGAAUUUCGAGGAAUAG